AUUAAUGCUACUCGAUAUCUGUCCGAGGGGGAUGCGUAAAUUUCAAGCAGCCUUUGUUUGAGCUACGCAGCAUCUAUUUGUCUUUUGUUUCUCUCGUCUCUAUUCACCUCCAACACUAACAAUAAGUAACAGUACCAGUUUCCUUGAGAGAGUUCGAAUCUUCGGCCCUUACGACCGACAAUAGGUCACAGUACAUAUAAGGGCGUCCACCUAUUUUAUUCGAAACAUUUGCUCCAAUGCUACUGCUGGAUAACGUUGCAAUGUGGUUGUAAAGUCGGCAUAUAUAAAACUCCAAUUUCACGAUACCUGUCCGCUAUUUACUACCGUGACGUAAAACUAUGUGUACCAGCAAAUUGACAAAUGCGUUCGGAAAUGCAAGUGAUGCAGAAUGACUCUCGAGGUAAAGCUCAUACCUGCAGUUUUCAAACAAGCUAUAUAACAGAGUUUUCGCUCGCAAAAUGUGAGAUAUUUUCGCGGUAUCUCGAUUUUGGUCUAGUACAUUUACUGAUCGACAAAAAUACGGCACACACUUUAUGGAGGGUUGGAGAUAAAAUUCAGAGAAAUUAUUAUUAUGCAUCAAGAUACGCCGCAGAAUUACUACAAGACUGGCAUUGGCACUUCUUAUAUGGUCAAGAAUUAUUUUCUGCACCAGAAAGCAGAAUCGAUUGCGGGCAGUCAUUCCUCAUCCUUGCACGCAGUUUGCGGUUUUUGCAUUUAUGUGCGUGCACAGGAUCAUUGGAUUAGGUUAAUCAUGCUCUAAUGACACACGAGAAUGUUCCAAUAUCUAUUCCAAAGUUGUCAUAUGUUACAAUAUCAUUUUCUUUACAAAAAAGUUAGUAUGAAAUGUUUCUUUCUUGAAUUCUUAAAGAAGUUCUAACGUUUGAUGCAAUAUAAAAUGGUCUGUAUAACUAUACAAUAUGAGAGGUAGUUAUAUUUGGAACAAAUUUAUUUAACAAUAUCUGGAAAACAUUUAUAUUAAUUUUUAUUGUACCGUUUUAAAAAUACAUAUAUAAUU